AUCAAAAAAGAACAUUACAUCAUAUUACCACUUUCAAAGUUGGAUCCUCACAAGAUCUCUAUUGUUUCUCCUUCCAUUGAAAAGGAAAGACUUAAGCUUUUGAAUGUAAGAGAAUAUAUUAUAUUCAAUGAAAAAUAUAGAAACCAAGAUUAAUUACAACUCUAAGCAAGAAAAUACAAAUGGACAAUAAGAUUGAUUAAAUAAAAGUACAAGUAAAUAUAAAGGUUGUAGAGGAAGAACAUUACAAACUCAAAGCAAUAAUAAUACAAGUAAAAUAAGAACAAGAAGAACAAAAGAAUGAACACAAACUCUCACACAACCAAAGUGUAGAGUAGUGGAGAUCAUCAACUUGAACAAGGUUUAAAAAAUUUGUCCAAAAGUUUAUUUCCUCCUAUUCUAUAAGCACUAAGGGAUCUCACAAAGAAAUAGCUCUCUAGAAUUAUCAAGCCUCUAUGGUGUAUUUUCUGGACAAGUGCUUUGUCGAUAGAAAAUUGUGUUUUACAAGUGAGCAUUAGACUCCUAUUUAUAGAGUUUGUAAUACUCUUUGAAUUCAAAUUCCACCAACCUCCAUGUGUUACCAAUGUUUAAUUUGAGGUUUAUGGAAUUAAAAUGAAGAUUUUGGAGUUUCUUGGUGUGUCAGAACCGCACAAAUUGGGAGUUAAGGAAGAAAUCAUAAAUUUGAUUUAACUACUCAAAGAGUUUCAAGAGACUACAUUAAAACAUUAUAAAAGAAAAUUAGUUCAUGUUCAUAGUAAUAAUAUCCAUAAAAUUACUAAGAAAACACAUGAAAAUAAAAGAAGAAAGAAAAACUAGAUGUAGAUCCAAUUUCGCUCUCCUCAAUGGCCUCCAAAGUUUUUCUGAGAUUAGGACUCUUCAAAACUGUCAAAAAGUUAUAAUAAGAUGUAUUUAUAGUGCCCCAACUUUUGAGUGAUGAAAUACCAAAAAUACCCUUCAAAAAUAUGAUUUUUUUUCCUCUCUCGAUGUUGAGUGCGGUGGCACUACUGUUUUGGUGCGAGGGCAAUGGUUGAGAACUUUAGCACUUAAUAAAACUUUGCAACGACUAGUGAUAGUAUUUUAACAAUAACUUUCUCAAUAUAAUUAGAAUUCGACAGUUCAAAAUGUUUUGGAAUGCUAAGAAAAAAAUUUACAACUUCUUUUUCAAAGCGAUUUUUCAGAAAAUUAAGGAAUAAUGGUCCAAAUUCAGCUUGUAUUAUCAAGCAUAAACAAUGUGUGUUGAGCAUCUUCAACUGAAUAUUUUCUACUCAUUAUAUCUUGGAACUCCACACUCAACACUAAAUCCAUCAUAUUCAUUGUAUUUUACAAGUUUUUUCUCAUUUAACUUCAUAUUUACUUGACCAUUACAACCUAAAAUAAAAAAAAAACAAGCACCUAAAUAUGCACAAACUAAAGUAAAAAUACUUCAAUAACAUUUUAAAUUACUCUCUAAAACUAAUUUUAUUUACGGGAGAAGAAUUUUAUUUAUUUCAAUCUUAGUUAAACAAUUGUUGUAUUUAUUAAAUAUAAUAAAAUUUUAUAAUUUUUAGUUUCAAAUAAUUUUAAUAUGACAUCAAAGCAUAAUAAUCAUUAAAUAUACAUUGGAGUUGUCAUUGCCGAAUUUGACAUUUUACAUUUCCAACUAAUAUAUAUUUAGUUGCAAAUCUUUUAGACGUCGUUUUUAUCACACCAUCACCUGAUCUAAACUGGAUCCUUUUAGAAUAGCUCCCUGCUUCCUAAUUAACCAACCAACCAGCUAGCUAACUCAUCUUACAACAGCUACCAAGCGAAACAAAGACAGAUUACAUUUUUAACUAAUUUCAUUAAUUAUUCUCAAUCUAUUUACUACAAUUUCUUUUCCUGCCUCUUUGCCCUCUAUAUAUGAACCCAACUAUCAAGUCAUCAAAAAUAAAACCACAUUCUUAAUUAACCAACUUCUAUAAAUAUAAAUAUAAAUAUAUAUAUAUAUACCAAUCUUAUUACGUACAGUAGUCGAAAACAUGAUGCUGAUGAAACAAGCUCUGAUCUACUUCUCAUUCCUACUCCUCUGCUUCUACGACUGCGAUGGAGCAACACUGGCUCACUCUCCAGCCCAAGCUCCAUCAAAACACGUAGCUGAAGUCCCAGCAAAAGCUCAGACCUUAACCCCAACUAAAGCGCCAACAGCACUGCCAGUGUCAGCGGUCGAGCCACCCUCUCAAGUACCACUCGUCCAAGCGCCACCCCACAAAGCCCUUUUCACCCCUACAGACGUUACCAAAAUCCUUGAAAAAGCCGGUAUCUUCAGUGUCUUCAUCCGCCUGCUUAAGAGUACCUCUGUAAGCAUCCAGAUCGAAAAUCAGCUCAAUGUAUCCAACACCUUGACCAUUUUCGCUCCAACAAAUGGCGCCUUUGCAGCACUCAAACCUGGUACACUCAACACCCUCUCCACGGAAGACAAAGUCCAGCUAGUCCAAUACCACAUUCUUCCCUCCGUAGUUUCGCUCCAAAACUUUCAGACUCUCAGCAACCCUGUACGGACACAAGCUAGCAAUACCAAUGACUACCCUCUAAACGUAAUUGUCGAAGGGAGCAUUGUUAACAUAUCUACUGGAAUUGUUAACACCACGAUUUCUGGUACUGUUUAUGAGGAUAAUCAGCUUGCUAUUUACAAGGUCGACAAGGUGUUGCUUCCACUGGGGAUUUUCGCUCCCAAACCGAAGACGAAGCAGCUGGCACCUACGCCGACACCAGCGAAGCCUUCCAAAAGCGCUAAUUUAUCUUCAUCUUCGUCUUCCCUUCCUUCCGAAGAAUCUCUCAGCCCGAAUGUGGCGGAAGGGGACAAGUCUAAGGCUCUUGCUCAGACCAAUAAUGGUGUUAUACACAUUGGAGUUGUUAUAGUUACCCUAAUCUCUAUGUGGGGUUACUUUUAGUUUUAUCUCCAUUCUGAAGUUAUGUUGUGUCCAUGUUUGAGCCAUAGUUUCAAGGCUCUUAACAAAUGCUUUUUAUUUUUUAUUUUUUUUAAAUAGAAGAGAGAAGAGAGGAACUUUCCUUGGUUUAGAAAACAUGUUAAUUUUGUAAAUUUAAAUUCAUGAUUUAAUUUUUAAAGUUAUGUAUUUCCUUAUAUAUUAACUCUGUUUGGUAUUUUCUUUUUAAAAGAGAAAAGGAAAAGGAAAAUUCAUUUG